AGUUAGCUGGCCACUCAUUUUUAUAUUCAUAAUAAUAAUAAUAUUUUUUUUAUGUUCUCAUUUUCAUCUCCCUUCCAUUUUCUCAAGAACAAGAGAGAAUCAAUUCCUCAUCAUUGGAAUUGUUUUAUCUCUCAAUUCUUAGCUUCUCAUUGAUUUCCUCAAACCCACUUAUCUUCAACAAAAAAAAAAGUUUUUUUUUUCUUAGAAAAUUUUUCUGACCCAUUACAAUUUCAUCCACAUUUUUCUGUAAAGAUCUUUGCUUUGAGCUUUGUGAAGUUAAAUUUUUAUUGGGUUGGAUUUGUUCUUGUUAUUAAAGUUUUAGAUUCUUCUGCAAAGUUGUACCAAAAAAAAGAACAAUUUUUUUGUUUUUUUUUUCUCUCUCUUGUAAGGUUGGACUUGUGGAAUGCUGGGGUCAGAGGUUUCUGUAACAUGUUCUAGCAGCCUUUUGGUGAAUUGGGUCGGUGAAUUUUCUGUCAAGUUUUCUAAAGAAUCUCAGUUUUCAGAGAUCUAACCCUUUCUCUCUCUUUCUCUUUCUCUUUCUCUUUUUCUUUUUCUCUCUCUACUCCUUUUGUUGCAUAGUUGUGAAAGUGAAAGAGAUUGUCGAAGAAAGAUGAUGAGAAUGAAGAACAAUCAUAAUCACAGUAAUAAUAAGACAAAUGGAGUGUCUUCAAUUGGUGGUUGUAGAACUGAACAAGGUUCAAUGGAUUGGGAGAUGAGGCCAGGUGGAAUGUUGGUCCAAACAAGAACCAAUAACUCAGAUCGAAACUCUGUUUUGGUUCCAACAAUUAGAGUUAGGGUCAAGUUUGGUUCAAUUUAUCAUCAAGUCAACAUUAGUUCUCAAGCUACAUUUGGGGAUUUGAAGAAAAUGUUGACAGGACCAACUGGUUUACACCAUCAAGAUCAAAAGUUGUUUUACAAAGACAAAGAGAGAGAUUCAAAGGUUUUUCUUGAUAUAGUUGGUGUAAAGGACAAAUCAAAGCUAGUUCUAGUGGAAGACCCUAUUAGUCAAGAGAAAAGGGUUUUGGAGAUAAGGAAGAAUGCUAAGAUGGAGAAAGCUGCAAAAUCUAUCUCACAAAUUAGCUUGGAAGUCGAUAGGCUCGCCGGACGGGUAUCUGCUUUUGAGUCAAUAAUUAGCAAAGGUGGGAAAGUUGUAGAAACAGAUAUGCUUGGUCUUAUUGAGCUAUUGAUGAAUCAAUUGCUUAAAUUAGAUAGUAUAAUUGCUGAUGGAGAUGUCAAAUUGCAAAGAAAAAUGCAGGUAAAAAGAGUUCAAAAAUAUGUUGAAACAAUGGAUAUGCUUAAAGUUAAGAGUUAUAUGAUUGGAAAUGGAGUUCAUGCACCAAUUCAACCUCAACAAAAGAAUUCAAAUGGAAAAAGAUUGGAAACAAUUGAAGAACAACCACAACAAAUUUAUUCAAAUGGGUCAAUAGUACCAAUUCAAGAGCAACAACAAGAACAACAAGCUAGGAACAAUUCAAAAGAACUUUCACUUAUAUUUGAGGAACAUGAAAACCAACCCUCAAAUAAUUCUACUUCAGGAGUUGUUGUUACUACAAAAUGGGAGACAUUUGAUUCUAUGCCACCAUUGAUCACAUUGCCAUCAACAUCAACAAAUCAUUCAAUGACCAAUAAUAAUUCAACUCCUCCUAAGUUCAAUUGGGAAUUCUUUGAUUGAUAAAUUAAUAUAACCACAUAUUUGCAAUUUGUGUGGAUGUAUUUGGGUUUGUAUUUCACUUGGAGUGUUAUAUGUUUUACAUAUUUUUUUUGUGUAUUUAGAUUUGUUUAGCAACCCCUAUAAUUUGUCAUUUAAUUUGGAAAUAAAUGGGGUUGCUAUGAUAGUGAGUAUCAUAAAAUGUUACUUUUAUGUGAUUAUGAUGUCCUCCAAACUCAUUUUACCAAAUGUUUUGGGAUAUUUUUGAUGGAUAUAUAAAAUUGUGUGUAUUUCUAGAUU